ACGAGGUGUCUUGAGCCUUCUCCCUUAGGAGGCUAGUCUAUGUCCACGCUGCGAGGAGGUGUGGAGAGAACUCGCUGUCCGUCCACCGAGAGAGCCUAGGAGACAGAUUUCUGUGUCAGGACAGUAAGGAGAUCUCAUCAGGACGUGGAGCCAUGCUGCUGAGAAUUUUGCCCCGAGCGGCUGCACUGCUCAUGCUGUGUGUUCAGCUCCUGCAUGCCUCUGUGCUGCCUACUGUAUCCUCCUACGAGUUCACUGCCUAUAGGAUGCAGCAGUAUGCCAUUCAGCAGGAAAAACAUGGUUGUCGCGGUGCCAUCGUGCAGGCGGAGGCCCGCUCAGCAGACGAACCAGUGUUAACACGACGCUGUGUCAUCAUGAAGCUGCCGGACUUCACCGUGGAGCGAUACUUUGAGGCCCUGAGGCAGAGCGCUGCCGCUGUACUCCUCCUGCUACCCAAAAACAUGUCCGCUGUCCCCCAGGACAUCAUACAGACCUUCAUGGUGAGUGAGAGCGAAGCGUUGUUAAAGGAUACCAUCAUGCCUGUGUACGUGACCCCGGAGGACGAGCAGCUCCUUUAUAUGUACGAAGAGGUCAAGCACGCCGCAGCCUCUCGCACCUCCUCUAUACUGGUCCGAGUGUUCCGUAGUAUGGUCACAGCCACCGUAUUUCAGAUUCUAGUGAGCAACACCAACCCCAUCAAGCCCAUCACUGACAGUACAAUCAUUACUCUGGAGGGUGUACUUCCUGGUGCUGGAGAGGAUGCGCCCACCAUCGUUAUCACGGCCCACUACGACUCCUACGGCCUUACUCCAUGGCUGUCAUAUGGAGCAGACUCCAACGGUAGUGGAGUCAUCAUCUUGCUUGAGCUGGUCCGUCUUUUCCAGAAACUUUAUAGCAACCCCCACAGCCAGCCUGCAUACCAUCUUCUUUUCUCCCUGACUGGCAGUGGAAAGUAUAACUUCCUGGGUACCAAGAGGUUUAUAGAGGAGAAUAUGGAUCAUGCCGAGACCAGCCUUCUCCAUGACAAUGUGGCGUUUGUUCUGUGUCUGGACACGCUGGCCAAUGGGGACGACGUGUUCCUGCACGUGUCCCGCCCCCCCAAACCUGGCACCCCUCAGCAUGCCUUCGUACAACAUCUGGAGCAGGUAGUUUCUUCCCGGUUCCCUUGGGUGAGGUUUGGGAUGGUCCACAAGAAGAUCAACUUGGGGGAGUCCACUGUUUCCUGGGAGCACGAGCGCUAUGCCAUGCGCAGGAUACCAGGCUUCACGCUGUCUCACCUGGAGGACCCCAAAUCUGAACUCAGAGGCUCCAUCCUGGACACUGUGUUGCACGUGGACUUGAGGAAGAUGAAGCGCAAUGCCAUCAUUAUUGCAGAAUCGCUAGCUCGGUUUAUGUAUAAUCUCUCUGACAAGGGUUCCCCAAAAGACAUACAGGUCUUCAAGGGCCAAAUGGAGUUUCAGGACAGUCGCAUGUCUAGCCUGAUGUCCUUCCUGACGUCCAUCCCACGGGCAACACAGCUGGAUAAGGAUCCCAAACACACCAUACUGGUGAACACUCUGGAACAUGAGCUGAGGUACUAUCUGCACCAGGUCCACAGACACACCUUCCGCCAAGACAAGAGGGAUCCUGAACUGACCUUUUUUGACCAAAUGGAGCAACCAAUGAUGAUGUAUAGGAUUAAGCCAGCAGCCUUUGACCUCUUCCUUGGGGGCUGUAUAGCUGCUUACCUGGCGAUAGUCUACUAUGCCAUCGAGAAUUGUGGAUAUCUCUACACCAAACUGAAAGCAGCUGUGAAGUCCAAACAGAAGUAAGGCUGUGACCAAUGCUUUGAAGACCUGGAAGUCAGAGUUGUUUUUUUUUAGGUCCAAUGGAAAAUACUUUUGUGCAAGAACUGACACUGAAUAGGGAUUUGUGUAGGCCAUAUACUGCAUUUCUGUUUGAAACUAUCUCAACUGAACAAGCCCAUGGGGCAUUGUUGAAAAGGUUAUUUAAAAAAUAAUUUGUUGUCCAUGUUAAUGGUGACAACAACAAAAAAUGUCACCAAUUUGUAUGAAAUGCAUUUUGUUACUUUUACGGUUGUUUUAAAUCAACAGAAACCCUCUGAAUGACAUGAACUGUUUGUUUUAUUUUCAAAAGUUUAGCUUUUUCUAUUAAUAACAUUUCUAGCUAGAUUUGGAAUUAUCGUAUAUAGAAAAACUCUCAGCCGGAGCCAUCUUUAAUUCUUUAAUGCAUCUUAUUUUUGUUUUUCUAAAGAGCAAUGAACUGCACAUUGCAUAACUUCAAGCCCCCGUCAUGCUAUGGGACUGUGCACCCCCUAGCGUAUGUAUUUUUCGUAUGACACUGUUGUUGAAUAUCCUUGAAUGUCCUCUGUAGUUUUCGAUAAACUUGUGAUCACACCUCAGUGGUUGAGAUAAAGAGCGUUAGCAAAAUCUCUGUGUCAUUACUCUUGCUAAAUAACUAAAGCAAGUCAUUCAAGUGUAUCAAACUACCUUUCCAACGUGAAGGCCGUGCCCUAGAGUUGUUUUACUUUCACAGGCUCGGCUACACUUAUUUGAAAGGACAUGCGAGCCUACAAAGAAGAACAACAAACUUCUAGACACGUGGAUCAGCCAGACACAGCAUCUUCUAGAAUGUUGGCUAAUGAUCAGUGCCAACAUGAGGGAGUGGAGAAGAAGACUAGACUAGAGGAUUGAUUUAGCAGUAAUUGUAGGAUUGUAAUUUAUAUCAAUUAACUCCUGUUUACUUGCCUGAAAAGAUGCCCAUGUUGAGUUUAUUACAGUUGCUAAUAGCUAGGCUUUUUGCUGGGGAUAAAUGGGGGUUGGACGGAUACUGUGGGGUUUGCAAUAAGGCACAAUGUGUUAAAUGUCUGUACCCCACUUAAAUAAUGUGGAACACUAGGCUGGACAGUGGGAGCAGCAAGGCAUUAGUGUGGUACUAAACUAAAUCUCCCUCCUUGCUUGGCAGGUAGUGAUGCAAAGUAACUAAGUAAAAAUAAGUGAGUAAUUUUUGUUGUUGGGUGGUGUGU